GCCAAUUUUCCCCACUUAGGGCAUUCCUUCCCUCGCUGUCAAAUUCCUGAAGGCCCAAAAGCCUCGAAGAAACGAAGCGAACUGCAGCCUAAAACCCCGCCACCGUCUGCUCCGUCUCUCUUCCUUCCUCCCGCUCGCCACCGCCACCGCCGCCGCUCAGUCGACCUCGUCUCUUCUCCUUCCAGCCUCUGUAGCUCGCGCGCGCGCACCUCCGUCAUCGUCAUUAUGAUCAGAGGCGGGAGGAACUACGUGUCUUCGCCGCCGGUUUUCUCCAACGACUCCAAACGGCUAUUGGUUUGCGCCGGAAACUCCGUCGCCGUCUUCAGCACCGAUACCGGAUUGCAGGUAGCGUCGUUGGACGGCCAUGGGGCGCUUGUGACGGCGGUGAUAGUGGUGCCGGCGACCAGUCCGGGGAGUAAGAUACUGUGCUUUUGCUGGACGGCUUCACUUGAUGGAACUAUUCGGUAUUGGGAUUUCGCGGUCCCGGAGUCGAUUAGGACUGUUGAUAUUAAGCUCCCCGUUCACUCCAUGGUGAUUCCCUCUUUGUUUAAUAAACCAGUUCAAACGAGCGAAAAAGCCGUUCUCGCUUACAUUUCUGUUGAAGUUAAAGAUGCGUCAGAAGAUAAGUCUAAAGUCUUGUUUCAAGUCAGAAAGUGUAACUUAACUGAUGCUCGUCUGGUGGGAGGAGCAGUAUUAGCAGAGACCAAGAAACCAGAGAUAAUCACAAUGAGCUCCUGUGGUGAACUUUUUGGUGUCCGAAGAAAGCGUAAGCUUGACAUAUGGAAAGUCCCAUCUACUGAUUCUGGUCGUACAGUGCUCAAGAAGAUUACCCUACAUCAUACAAAGGCCAUAACAGUUAUGGCGUUCCAUCCUACCCAAAGAAUUCUUGCUGCAGGUGAUGUGACUGGGAGAAUUAUGAUAUGGAGAGGUUUUGGAAACAAAAUGUUUGCCAUGGCUGAUGGGCAUGUAAAUGGAAGUUCAAUGAUUAUGGAGGAAGAAAAUCCUGGUGUGAGGGACAGUGAUGAUGCUGAGUCCUGCACAACAUUGCACUGGCACCCGGCUCAAGUGAAUUUGCUCUCCUUCUCUUCUGAUGGAGCUUAUUUACUUUCAGGUGGAAAAGAAGGUGUUCUUGUAGUCUGGCAGGUGGACACAGGGAAGAAGAAAUUUUUACCCCGAAUCGGAUCUCCACUCUUGCAUUUUACAGACUCUCCAGAUCCGUCAAUUUCAUCAAUAUCUUGUGCAGAUAAUCAGAUCCAUCUAGUUCAAAGGCCUUCAAUGGAGAUCAUGAAGUCUAUCUCUGGAAUAAAGCUCCCAUAUUCACAUCCAGAGAUAUCCAAGGUUAUGUCAAGUGGGGCUUCCUUCGAUCAGAAUGCUGGCUUGGUUGCCUUGCAUACCGAGAGUUAUGCAGUCCAGUUAUACAGCCUCUUUGAUGAUCGUGGAAUUUCGGAGGUUGAGAGAAUUACUCAUUCUUCUGUUAACGCAUACUCUAUUCUAGUUCCCGUUCAAGUUUAUGAGAGAAAUCACCAGCCAGUUGAUGAAGUCACGAUAGUUGUGACAUAUGUAGUCCUAUCUCCAGAUGGUUAUAUACUGUGUACUUCUGAGGUGAGGCUGCCUGAAGAAGGCUUGGGAAACCUUGUUUUCCUUAAGUUUUGGUCCUCAAAGUCGAAGGCUGGAGAUUUCAGCUUGUCGACCAUUGUCUAUGAACCACACAGGGAUGCUGGAAUUUCUGCUAUUGCAUUUCAUCCUAUCCGUCGUAUGGCUGUCAGCUCAUCAUUUGGUGGGGACUUCAAGAUUUGGAUUUCCAACAAUGGGGUUCCUAUGAAAGAAGAAAGUCAGGCAAAUUCUGGAUGGAUUUGCCAUGCCGCUGGCUCCUAUAAAAAAAAGCCAAUGACAGCAGCUGCUUUCUCCCCUGAUGGUUCUGUCCUUGCUGUUGCAGCUGAAACUGUUAUUACGUUGUGGGACCCUGAUAAGAACCUUCUUCUGGCUGUAAUUGGAGAAGCUAUUACGCCAAUCGUGACCCUCUCAUUUGUGGGGAACUCGGACCAUCUUGUUUCAGCAUCUUGGGGUCUAAAGCCGCAACUUGCAGUGUGGAGUCUGUUGAAUCUCUCUACAUGUUGGUCUUACAGGCUUCACGUAGAAGCUAUAGCCAGUUCUCCGAAUAGUUCCUCUUUUGCUGCUCUCAUCCUCCCUUCGGAAUCAGCUGGAAUCUACGACUCUAAUGAAAAAUCGGAUAAAACAGUAGAUGGGUUGAUCCUCUUAUUCGAUUCUGCAGAACCAAAUCCUGUGGCUGUAUGGUCAGUCAAGAAGGCCAGAGGCGGGGCACUAGCGUUCAUCAGAAACCAGUCUUCCGAUCAAGAGAACGCAUCCGACCAGCAACAGGCUGCUCAAACACUGCUUGCAUACAUGAAUGCCGAUCACGAGUAUGUACUGUUUGAUCCAUAUGGGAAGGAAUCAGAUGAACUAAACGUAACUCGGUGGAGGAGUGAAAACAGCAUCGAAGAAGCUGGAAAUUUUGGUUAUGCAUCUCUCUACGGCGAGCUUCUUCCGCCAAUUCCGUCCAGAAAACAAACUCCGUGGACAGUCCCAUCUUUCCCAUCCGAGAGGCCCUGGGAGACAAUCUUCAGCGGACCAUCACACAAUCUUCCACCACUUACUCUACUAUGCGGGCCAUUUUUGGAAGCACUGUUGGAGAAACGAACUACAGUCGUGCAAUGAAUCAGCAAACUGCUACCUACAUCACAGUUGUCAUUUGAAAUGAAGAAUCAAUCAACGAGUUACUUCGUUGCACCGGGACAACAGGCGAAAGGCUCCAUUGAUGGGGCGAAUUUUUUGGCCGUCGGGGCUCCCAGCGCCUCCUCUGACCAUAUAUGAAAGCAGAGCCGGUGGAAAUGCCGGAUUCGCAACAUUGUCUAUGCUGGAGAACAUGAUAUAGAGGUUACUAGUGAAUUCAAUACCCUUCUGGGUAGGUUUGUACCUCGAGUUUGUAACAUUAUCAUCGAUGGUAAAGAACAAAGAGGAAGUAGUAAAUUCACUAUAGGUUAAGCUUGUUUCGCUUCAUUGCGUCGUAUUGUUUCACUGCCAUGUAUGAUUAACAACUUCAGGGUAAGCUUCCUGUCUGAGAACCUCAGUUUCAUCUUAUUUCCUGAACAUGAAAUGGUAGCAUCUGAAAUCAUUUCACUUGAACAUUUACGAGCCAAAAUCACGUACCAGCUCCUGAACAUGACACAAUGAUACAAUUCGUCAUGAUAUCAGCCGGAGUUCUUCACAUCGUAACAACAUCAAAUUCAUACAAUCGAUCAGAUUCGAGAAAAGCUUCACCAUUACAUAGCUUCGAUUCCACCUCUAAAUCAGUUCCUACCGAGAGGUAGAGAUCGACAAGAGUACGUCUCCCUGAAAUCGGACUUCUUCUUCGACGAUGUAAAGAUUGAUGCAUAAACCUCCUUGGUCGCGUUAGCUGGUGCAACAGCAGCAGCCUUGAACCUCUUGUUGUUAGUGCUGCCAACACUCUCAAUCUUCCCAUUCAACUUCUCCGUUUUCGCAGCAACCUUCUCCACAUCCUUACCAUCAACAAUCCCAUGCUUCUUCCCACUCAACCUCUUCCCAGACUCCUCCACUUCACCACCAUCAGCGACGCCUUUAGCCGCAACAACAUCUCCACUCCUCUCCUUCCUCUGCUUCUUAUCCUUCACAACUCUAGCCCUCUCUUCCUCCAUCCUCUCCCUCAAAGCAUCCACUUCCUCCUCGCUCCCAUUGAUCACAACCUUAUCGCGCUCCUCAAACUCCCUGUAACACACCAGACAAGCUUUCGACUUCACCUCCUUCAAAGCCUUGGCACUCAGCACAUGCCCACAUUUCCUCAAAGCGAAGAACUUGUACGUCCCGUUGAACUCCAGCCCCGUGAUCGGGCACUGAAACCACGCAUUGUUCGAUUCCCCACCGGGGAUCGGCUCUAGCUUAACAUCUAUCAUAUCUUUCAAACCUCUGAUGUGAUUAAAAGCCUUUGGGAGCUUCUUACCUAUCAGAGCCUCGACCAAAGCUUCCUUGUUGAACACAUUUCCCAGUCUAUCCAUCACGCAAGGCUGCCGCAGAGUCUCGUAGGAGAGAGCACAGUUCACCCACUUGGAAAGCCGCUGCUCGUUGGGGUCGAUUUUGUCCGGCUUCUUCUCCGCGUACAUUUUUAAGUAGCAGUCGCGGGACUCGGCUCCCGUCGCGCCUCCAUCGCCGCCUCCGCCGCGGAGGCGGUGGCGCAGGGUGAGGGUGGAUAAAGCUGGGACCUGGGGGCUGCCGACAGGGAUGGAAUCGUCGACGAGGAGCUUCCCGUUGGCGGUGAAGUAGAAAGUGUCUGGAUUUCCAUGAUCGGGGAUCAGGGAAAGCUUCAGGUCGCGGAGGGAUAGGGGUUGAGAUGGAUCGAAGGUUAGGGUUUGGAGGCGGCGGGAAUUUGGGGUUCUGAGCAGAAUCUGGCGCGAUUUGGAGUGCAUGUUGGGAAGUAGAAACUCGAAUCAGGCGAGAUUGAGGGGAGAAAUCGGAACCUGGAAAACGACGGAAUUUGUUAUCGUGGUAGCGAAGGAACGAAUCGGCGAUGGCGGAUUCCGACUUCUCCUGGAUCAAAAUUAAAGUUUGCAGAGAAAAUAUCGAGACAGAAGAAGAGAAGAAGACGAAGAACGGUUAUGGGCCUUCACAUACGAGCCCAUAAGGCUUUUUAUAUGUGCGAUUGAAUUUUUGCUUGCGUUUCAAGCCCAAAUAAGCCGGACUAGCAACACC